AUGUUACACGUCAUGGGUGCCCAUCACGAAAUGUCACUUCCGAGCAGACACGACCACAUAGACAUAGACUGGAAUUGUAUACAGAAAGGAGCCAGAGUAAACUUCCAGCUCGAAUCAUCAGUUGACGAUACGGAAUAUGACCUUGAAUCAAUGAUGCAAUAUAACCCAAACCUGUUUCGGGAUUGUAUCGUGGGCGGGAAGUAUGAUAACAAAACAAUGCGUGCGAAAGAUGAGAGGUUUGAUUUCCUCAUGUACAGACUGGUCCACCAACCCACACAUUCUGAUAUAAAGGCGAUCAGUAAAGCGUAUGGAUGUGAGGAAGGUUGCACUGAUGACUGUUUGUAUGGCGGUUUCAUCACUACGACGGUGAAUAACCCCGAUUGUCAUUGCGUCUGUCCAAAAUAUUUCUCCGGAAGUCAGUGCACCGACAGGCUCAACGCAGAUGUCUGUGGCUCACAUACCUUUGUUGAUGUGAAUAAUCCGAGAAUUGUCAAGUCUACAGGAUAUGAUGCCGGAUUUUACUUACUUGAUCUUGAAUGCGUCUAUCUCUUUACGUCACCACCCGGAACUAUAAUUAUGUUAGAUUUCCUAGAUCUGAAGCUCACAGUUACAGAUGCCGAGAUAUCUACAUGUGUGCACUUCUUAGAGGUCCGGACAAAUCUGAUGGGACAGGAUGGUCCGGAGGAAUGUGGCUCAACUACCAAUCUAACAUAUACGACGUCCAAAAACUCGGAAUCCAAUAUGGCAGUACUUAUCUUGAACUCUCUACGGCCGGGUUCUCCAUCCAGGGGAUUCAUGGUAAAGGCCAGCGCCAUUAUAUCAGAAUGUGUUACCGAAGACCCCUGUCAGAAUGGAGGGACAUGCUCAGACGUUGAAGAAGCGUAUGGUGUAUACCAUUUCCACUGUGACUGUCCGGCUGGUUUUAGCGGUGAUCGUUGCGCAGACGUAGCGGUUGACGCUACUGUUACGUGUGAUGCUGAAACUGGAGUAAAUCAUGGUGUUUGCUUUAUGGAAGAGGACCCCGCCAACUCCGGGGACAUGCGUUUUUACGAGUACCGUCCAACGAGCCCGGAGUAUUCCUAUGCCUAUUUGUAUGUGAAGUCACCGGAUCUGUACGCUUCUGGGUAUGCAACUCUCGUCUCAAGUGUGACAUUUGCACCUGCCUAUCGCUGUCUCAAGUACUACGUUGCCAUUAGGACAGCAAUGAACUAUGGCGUCACAACAAACCUUCAGGUCUCAUAUACAUCCGAAACAAACACUGUACCGGUGGUCUUACAAUCGAUAGAUGAUACGUCCGCAAGAUGGAGUCUACGAAAAGUCACUUUACCUGAGGAAGAAGAUGUAAAGAUAUUUAUGAAAGUAACGAAGCCUGCCGGCGCUGGAAUUAUCGCUUUGAUUAACUUAGUAGUAUCCCCUGGGGCGUGCUACGUGUGUGAUUCCUCGCCUUGCCUUAACGGGGGAGUUUGUUCGGAAUCGGCAGAAGACUUCGAGUGCUCCUGCCCUUUGGGAUAUUUUGGCAAAAGCUGUGAAACAUAUGUGUGUGACCCAUCGCCUUGCCUGAACCAAGGGGAGUGUGAACCGUCAUCGGAAAAUGAGUCAGGAUUCCAAUGUAACUGUAUGUUGGGCUACUCAGGAGACACAUGUGACGAGUAUGUGUGUGAUCCAUCGCCAUGCCAAAACGGAGGAACGUGUGACGUCUCAGUUGAAAGCCCAUAUUACGAGUGCAGCUGUAAACUUGGAUAUCACGGCGCUAAUUGUGAACACUAUAUAUGUGAUCCUAAUCCAUGCCAAAACGGAGGGACAUGUAGCCCAGUGACAGACACUUUUCAUUGUGAUUGUAUGUACGGUACUGGUGGUGAAGACUGUUCUGUCUCCUUGACGACCUUUUGUUCUUUCGAGGAUGACAAUUGCGACUUCAAAAAUUCACCUGCUGUUAAUUGUAAAUGGGAAAAAAGUGAGGGUUCUGGAGACGCAUUUUACCCUUGGCCCGAGCGCGCGUACUCUGGGCGGACGUAUCUCCAUGUGGACUCGAGCAAAAACAAAGGGAAACGGUGCCAACUUGAGCUGAGGCAACAAUUUGAUGACCGGGAACGAUGUUUAGUCCUGUUCUAUGUCAUGAUUGGGGCCUUCGUUGAAAGUUUCUCUGUUGAUAUGAACGUAGAUGGCAAGGUUACUAAGUUAUGGACGGUGUCCGGUAGUAAGGGUAAUCUAUGGAGACAUCAGCUGGUCGGCUUCAGUACCAGUUCUGCUGCUAAUACAACCGUACAGAUAGUGGCCACAACAAGACAUGUUUUGAUGGGGAAUAUCGCUAUCGACAACGUCCAGCUGAAGCCAUACCCAUGCUCUAAAAUUGUGCUUUGCGACUUUGAGAAUGGUUUAGUGAAUGUGCCAAGUGGUUUAUCUUGCGUGAGGUUAAAUCCAGAAGUCGAUUAUGUAAAGAACUGGAGAGUACGACAGAAACCAUCACAACAAGUCCUCAACAAUCCUUUUACUAGGACAACGGGACCAUCGGCAUCAAGGAGCGGGUUUCGGUAUGCCUUUAUCGACUCGUCGUAUAACGUGGAUGCUACGAUGGAAAUAAAACAUACCUUUACAGGACGAGCAUGUGUCUCCAUCGGCUACCACAUGUUUGGGAGUAACAUUGGAACUCUCUAUGUUAAACUGGCUAAUGCGGAUAGAACACAAGAGAUAGUGGCAUGGAGCAAAUCUGGUAACCAGGGAGAUGAAUGGCACUAUUAUGAAUUUGACAUAGAAUCCAUCACAAAUAAAAGGAUCAUUAUAACGGCGGAUAAGGGCUACGGCAUGCCUGCCGAUGAGGGAGACAUCGCUAUUGACGACAUCGUGGUUGUCAAUCAGCCUUGUGAAUCAGAAUGAUGGAGAUGCGAGAAGACUAGCAAUCCAUUGACGUGGUCAUUUGAAAUCGUGAUAUCAACAUUGUUAUUGUUUAAUGAUAAAUCGAAGGCUCGAAGGAGUUACACAAUUCAUCCAGGUCUUCAUGUUUCAUUGAUGUUAGUAUAUAGUGUCAUAUUCGUUCUAUUACUUUGCCUUUUUAUUUGAAGAUAUUUAAGAGGAGAAAAUGUUUUAUUUGAUGCAGUAAAAAGUUCCGUGAUAUUUUUUUUUUAAUUCUGAGUUGAAAAUUAAACGAUAUUAAGAUCCUUUUCGUAUUUAACCAGACAUUUAUGUAAAUAAUUCUCUUUCUGGAAAUUAACAUUGGUCCAAACGCUGGUUUCAAUUCAAUCAAAUGAAAUUACAAGCAGAGGUAAUGUGGAUAACAUUAAAUGCAAACGUAUUAUGGAUUAUGAUACGUAUAGUUCUGUU